AUGACGUGGCUAGACAAGAUGGAUACCGUGGUUGAUAUCAGUGGUUGCGCUGAUAGGGAUGUUGUGAAGUUUGUAUCUCAGUCGUUUAAAGGAGAAGCACUAGCUUGGUGGAGGUCUCUAAUCCAAGCUACUGGAAAGAUCUCUUUGUACAAUCUGUCUUGGGCUCAGUUUGUGACUUUGAUCAAGGAAAAUUUUUGUCCUCAACAUGAGGUUGAGAAGAUCAAGACUGACUUCCUGACAUUGGUUUUGAAGAAUUUGGACUGUCAGGCAUACCUUACAAGUUUUAAUACCAUGUCUCGAUUGGUUCCUUAUUUGGUGACGCCGGAACCAAAACGAAUAGCCCGUUUCAUUGGGGGUUUAGCCCCGAAGAUCAAAGCCAAAAUCAAAAAUGAAAACGAAGAAGAAAAUGUUGUUGAUGAGGUCAAAGAGAAAACCAGAGAAGAGAUUUUGAAUGAGAAAACUUAUCGAGAAAGAAACAUUGCUUUGAACAGAAUGGAUGAGAUGCAAGAAGAGUAUAAGAGUGCUGUUAGCAAUAAGAGAUGGGAUAAGAAGAGAGAAAAUGUUCUAAAAGAUGACACGUAUGCAAAAAGGCAUGAAAAGGAAAUUAAAUAUGCCAUGACAUCGUGUUUAAGAAAGAGAGAUGAAGAGAGAAUGAAGAAGAAUGUUGAAGAGAUGGUAAACAAUCUGAAGAAAACUGCUGAAGAGGUUAAAGCUGAAGCUGUUGAAGUUGAGGUUGUGAAAGAAAUUAAAGUUGUGAAAGUUGAAGAUUUGAAGGUUGUAGAAGAUGAGAAGAAAACUGAAAGUUUGGCUGAGGGAGACAUUGAGAAUUUGAAGUCUGCUAGUGAUGAAGGUGCUGGUGAUGAGAAGAAGGAAGAGCUGAAGCAGACAGAUGCAGCUGAAAACACCGAAGUCAUCAUGCCACCCAGAUUCCUUCGAGGUAGAGGCAAAGGACCCGUGACAGGUCAUGAUCACGAAGCCGGGCCUUCGCACCGGCGAACCCCAUCCAUUACUAUGAGCACCAGCCCGCAAGAGCCCUGGAGACUCUAUGUCGAACCAGGAAGGCGAUCAGUAUCCCUUAGCUCCUCUCCUUCGUACCAACAUUCAUUUGGGCCCAAUUCUGAAAACGAGCCCAAUAACCAGCCUCCAGCUUUCAUACCUCUCCAAAGAUCAAAUUCUCACCAUUCUUUUGGCAGCCCAACACCCGUCUUCCAAAGCCGGUUUAACCCGGCUAACCUUUUGCCUGAACCCAUGGGUUUUAACCCACUCGGACCGGGAGACCACUUUCCAGAGGAGAACGACAUGGAUGAGGAUACUGACCCAGUGGAGCCAGCAUCAGGAACGCCGAACCACCCCAUCGAGAUAUCAGAUGGGUCAUCAUUUCAUGGAUCGCCAUAUCGUGGUCCAGACAGCUACGAAGAAAGGUUCCGAAACAUUGACUGGUACUUCACACCGUCUGAACAUUCGCAUCAUGAGCAGCAACAGGAUCCUUCAGUGGGUCAUCAAUUUGUGGCAGUCACGCCACCGCCGCCACCGCCAGUAGAGCCGCAGCAGCCGCCUCCGGAGCCACCAAGGCGAAGAAGGUCUAAUGCACGGAUGUCCGUGCGAGGUGGAGUUCGGAUUGCUACUCCCCAGCCAUCUAGUGGCAGCCAUUAUCCCCCACUUCAGGAGGAAGAAGACCCCUAUGAUGGUGGUCCGUCAAGCCCCAUACCAGAGGUCAACUCAGUACCUGUGGUACCACCUCUGGGUUUCGAUAACCCGAUUCCUGCAUAUGCUGGAUCAGCGGCGUACAACCCAUUUGAGCAGCCGGCACACACCCACUACAACUACAACUACGGUUAUGCAGAGGUAGAUCCAUACCUAGUAGCUUGGGAUUACAAUGCUCUUCAUCCUGAAGGACCAUAUGGAGGGCCAUGGACUACUGGUUACCCGACUUAUGGGUACCAGCAUCAGCCACCUCCUCCGCCGGUGUAUCAGCCGCCUCAGCCACCGAUUCAACAGGAAGUCCUUGAGAGGCUGAGCCAAGUUGAACAAGAAGUUCGUGAAGACCGCAAAGAGCGGCAAGGAUUCUUCAAGGGGCUGUCAGAUUUGCUUAAGGGGAAGUCGAAGAGGAGGGGUCAUUGA